AUGAGUUUGCAGCAGCAGCAACAGCAACAGCAACAGCAACAGCAACAGCAACAGCACCAGCAACAGCGGCCCAGUAUAGGGCGCCUUGGUAGCAGAAAGUCGACGAGCGGAUGUGUAACCUGCAAAAUCCGGAAAGUGAAAUGUGACGAGCAACGACCAUCUUGCCAGAGGUGUCUGAGCACUGGCAGGCGGUGUGAUGGCUAUCGCCAGGGGAAUUCUGAUCUCUCUGUUGGGUCGAACGCGCCGACCAGAUUCACACACAUCUCAACAUUCGGAGGCGCUGAGCGGCGAGAAGUCCAGUACUUCGAAUUCUUCAUUCAUCAAAUUGUGCCUGGAUUUACUACACGCAUCGUUGACAACUCGUUCUGGCACAAGACAGUACCUCAGCUUAGUCGUGAGGAGCGGCCUCUCUGGAAUGCAGUCGUUGCUUUUGCCUGUCUCAUACAACAUCCUCAGUUCUCUUCAGCUCCGAUUCCUCCUGGAAGCGAGAGGCCCGCCGUGACAAAUGAGCAUCACAGAAACGCUCUGAUGUGGUACAACAGAUCGAUCAAUGGUCUACGAGAUCACAUCGGGAUGAAGAAGAGUUUGUCGCCAUUGGCACUAGUCGCCUGUAUCCUAUAUAUCUGCAUUGAGUGCUUACAAGACAACACCACGCAGGCGAUUGUGCUGUAUCAGAGAGCUGUGGCCAUGUUAGGCCUGACGAACCCUGGAGAAGCGACGCAGUCAGCCAUCGGCCCAUUAGGGAACACACUCCGCACUUUGUUACGACACGAAUCGGUGUUGCACGGUCUACCAGUAUCUCGACCCAAGCCGAUCUUGGACUCCACUGCUGGUCGCUUCGAAACUGUGACGGACGCUAGAGAAGAGCUAUAUGCAUUACUGGCCGAAACCCAGGCGUUUAUUCAACAUGUUCAGGCUAUCAAAGACGCCCAGGGCAAAGACUGGUUGGCUUCCCCGGAACUGGUUGCGCAACAAUCACAUCUUCAAGACAAUCUGCUGAAUUGGUAUUCAGCCCUAUCCAAAACGCCUCGCAGGUUUGGCUCCGUUGCUGAAUGCGAUGAGGAAGAAUUGAGUUCCAUUCUUCUCACAGCCUAUCGUCAGUAUUCCAUUUGGUUAUUCUGUUGUUUGAGCACCUUCGAGACCGCCUUCGAUGCACACUUUGACCGGUUUGCGUCCAUCAUCGAGCACGCUCGCUAUGUUGUCGGAACCUCGACACACCAUCACAGUCCGAUAUUCUUGUUAGAGACUCGAGUCAUUCCAUCAUUAUAUUUUGUGGCCAUUAAAUGUCGCCAACCAUCUAUUCGCCGGGAAGCCAUAACUCUGCUUCGGCAAGGUCCCAAAGUCGAGAAUCUGUGGAAAGCAGAGCCGAUGGCGGAUGUGGCCGAACAAGUGAUCGGUAUUGAGGAGUCUGGCUCAUGGUGUGGAAAGUUCAACGCAGAGGGUUUGAUGGGCGAUUUGCCGCCUGAGGAACACCGGGUUUAUCGACAAGAGGUAGUCGAGCAGAGGGACGAUACCAACCAACGCCGCCACUGCCUUGUGGUGAACCAAUGGCAGCAGGACACGGACUUUCAAUGGAAGAGGGUUGAGUAUAUGAUAAAGAUGUGA